UAACAUUUCAAGUAACUCAGUAAUCAUGAUGGGAUCUUCACAGGAACAGGAUGAAGACUCACUGCUUUAUUUCUCUGUUUAAAGUGCAGAUCACAUUGAGGUCAUCUCGUGGAAUCUUCUGAAAAAAUAAGAGUAAUAGGAAGAAAAUGUUUAAUAAAAAUAUCUUCGCUACACAGUCAAGCUGAAACAGGAAAGGUUCAUUGGAGCCAUGUGGUUAUGAUAUUGAGAUUCCAUAAUGCCUCCUGCCGUGACAGACAGCCUUGACAUCUGGGCAGUGGAUUCACAGAUUGGUGCUGAUGGCUCAAUAUCUGUGGACUUCCUGUUGCCCACUGGAAUCUACAUCAACCUGGACGUCCCUCGAGAUGCCACCAUAUCUCAGAUUAAACAGCUGUUAUGGAAGCAGGCACAUUCCUACCCUCUCUUUCAUCUCCUCAUGGAGAUUGACUCUUACAUGUUCUCAUGUGUGAAUCAGACUGCUGUGCAUGAAGAAUUAGAGGAUGAAACACGGAGACUUUGUGAUGUUAGACCCUUUCUUCCUGUCCUUAAACUAGUGACAAGGAACUGUGAUCCAGGAGAAAAGUUGGAUUCCAGAAUAGGUGUCCUUAUAGGCAAAGGUCUCCAUGAGUUCGAUGCCUUACAAGAUCCUGAAGUGAAUGACUUCCGAGCUAAAAUGAGGAGAAUCAGUGAAGAAAAGAUUCAAUCUCUUGUGGGUCUCUCCUGGAUGGACUGGUUGAAGCACACUUACCCACCAGAGCAGGAGCCUGUUAUCCCAGAGAGCUUCCAAGAUAAACUCUACAGUGGGAACCUUGUAGUGGCUGUUCAUUUUGACAAUUGCCAGGAUGUAUUUAGUUUCCAGGUGUCUCCUAACAUGAAUCCCAUCAAGCUGAAUGAACUGGCAAUCCGAAAACGUUUGACUAUCCAUGGAAAAGAAGAUGAGGAAGUUGAUCCUGCUGAUUAUGUGCUGCAAGUUAGUGGAAGACUGGAAUAUGUCUUUGGUGAUCACCCAUUAAUUCAGUUCCAGUAUAUCCGCAACUGUGUGAUGAGCAGGACCCUUCCCCAGCUGACACUGGUGGAGUGCUGCACCAUAAAGAAGAUGUGUGAGCAGGAGAUGAUUGCCAUAGAAGCUGCCAUAAACCGAAAAUCCUCCAACCUCCCUCUUCCUCUGCCACCAAAAAAAACAAGAGCAACAACUAGUGUGUGGGAUAUUUCUAACCCAUUCAAGAUUAUUCUAUUAAAGGGUAAUAAACUAAACACAGAAGAAAAUGCCAAAGUUCAUGUUAGGGCUGGUCUUUUCCAUGGCACAGAGCUCCUUUGUAAAACAAUUGUAAGCACAGAAAUAUCUGGGAGAAGUGACCACAUUUGGAAUGAAGUGCUGGAGUUUGAAAUCAAUGUCUGUGAUCUGCCAAGGAUGGCAAGGCUCUGCUUUGCUGUUUAUGCUGUCAUGGAUAAGAUGAAAACUAAAAAGUCUACCAAGGCAAUGAAUCCUUCCAAAUACCAAACCAUUAGGAAAGCAGGAAAAGUGCAUUAUCCUGUAGCCUGGGUAAAUACCAUGGUGUUUGAUUAUAAAGGACACUUGAGGAUUGGAGAACUGGUACUGCACAGCUGGUCAUCAUUUCCUGACGAACUUGAAGAAAUGUUGAAUCCCAUGGGAACCGUCCAGACCAACCCUUACACUGAGAAUGCAACAGCUUUGCACAUUAGAUUUCAGGAAUAUUCAAAACAGCCUAUUAAUUACCCUCCCUUUGAUAAGAUACUUGAAAAGGCAGCUGAGAUUGCAAGAAACAGUGACAAUGCUGCAAUGGCGGGUCGAGGUGGUAAGAAGUUUUAUGUUGUGCUAAAAGAUAUAAUGGAAAGAGAUCCUUUAUCUCAGCUUUGUGAAAAUGAAAUGGAUCUCAUUUGGACUUUGCGAUAUGACUGUCGUGAAAAUUUCCCACAAUCGUUGCCAAAACUGCUGCUCUCUUUAAAGUGGAACAAACUUGAAGACGUUGCUCAGCUUCAGGCCCUCCUGCAGAUCUGGCCCAAGCUGCUGCCCAGGGAGGCUUUGGAGCUGCUGGAUUUCAAUUAUCCUGACCAGUACGUCAGGGAAUAUGCAGUGGGGUGUUUGAGGCAGAUGAGUGAUGAAGAGCUCUCUCAGUAUCUUCUCCAGCUUGUGCAAGUCCUGAAGUAUGAGCCUUUUCUGGAUUGUGCACUCUCCAGGUUUCUCUUGGAAAGAGCACUUGGAAACAGGAGAAUAGGACAGAUGUUGUUCUGGCACCUGAGGUCGGAGGUUCACAUCCCCGCCGUGUCGGUGCAGUUUGGUUUGAUUCUGGAGGCUUAUUGCAGGGGGAGCGUGGCUCAUAUGAAGGUGCUAGCUAAACAGGUGGAAGCCCUCAAUAAAAUGAAGACUUUAAAUAGUCUAAUUAAGCUGAAUGCCAUGAAGCAAAGCAAAGCAAAAGGCAAAGAUGCAAUGCAUACGUGUUUGAAACAAAAUGCUUACAGAGAAGCACUUUCUGACCUCCAGUCUCCUCUGAAUCCUUCUGUUAUACUCUCAGAGCUGCAUGUUGAGAAGUGUAGAUACAUGGAUUCUAAAAUGAAGCCGCUCUGGAUAGUGUACAACAACAAAAUGUUUGGAGGAGAUCUUGUAGGGAUCAUCUUUAAGAAUGGUGAUGAUCUCCGGCAGGACAUGUUGACGCUCCAGAUUCUGCGCUUGAUGGACAUUCUGUGGAAAGAGGCUGGCCUGGAUCUCCGGAUAUUGCCCUAUGGCUGUUUAGCAACUGGAGAUCACUCUGGCCUCAUUGAGGCUGUUUCUAGUUCAGAAACCAUUGCUGACAUUCAGUUAAACAGCAGCAACGUUGCUGCAGCUGCUGCCUUCAACAAGGAUGCGCUCUUGAACUGGCUGAAGGAAUACAAUUUAGGAGAGGACUUGGAUCGAGCCAUUGAAGAAUUUACUCUGUCCUGUGCUGGCUACUGUGUAGCUACGUAUGUGCUGGGAAUUGGUGACAGACACAGCGACAAUAUCAUGGUCAGGAAAAAUGGGCAGCUGUUUCACAUAGAUUUUGGGCAUAUUCUUGGAAACUUUAAGUCCAAGUUUGGAAUUAAAAGGGAACGGGUACCUUUCAUACUCACCUAUGAUUUCAUUCAUGUUAUUCAACAAGGAAAAACAGGGAACACUGAAAAAUUUGGCCGGUUCCGGCAGUACUGUGAGGAAGCCUACCUGAUCCUGCGCAAGCACGGCAACCUAUUUAUUACCCUCUUUGCACUGAUGCUGACUGCAGGGCUGCCAGAGCUCACCUCUGUCAAGGACAUCCAGUAUCUCAAGGACUCCCUUGCCCUAGGGAAGAGUGAGGAAGAAGCACUAAAACAGUUCAAGCAAAAGUUUGAUGAAGCUCUGCGGGAAAGUUGGACUACUAAAGUGAACUGGAUGGCUCACACUGUCAGAAAAGAUUACAGGUCCUAGGAGAUUGUGGCAUUUGCACUAAGCUGAAGGUUACCUUGAUCAGUGUUUGUAAAGAGUUUCAUACGGACCAACAAAACUUCAGGAAGCGCUGGGACAACGCUCUCAGGCACAGGGUGGUUCUUGGGCAGCCCCACACAGGGCUAGCAGUUGGACUCUGAUCCUGAUGGGUUCCUUCCAACUCAGCACAUUCUGUGAUUCUAUGAACUGAUCCAAAACAAGAAACACUGUCACGCGACAGUGAAAACAAACAGACUGAAAUAACUCCCAUGUCUUUUGCACUCUGCUUCUGAAUGCUUGAUUCCAAGACUGUCUCUACAGUUAGUGAACAUCCUGGAUAAUCAGUUCCUGCUGACUUUGCACGCUGACAGCUACUAGGCAUUUUUAAAAAUUCUUUGGUACUUUAUGGAGGUGUAAAUAUUUGUUUUUAUACAUUAGGGUAAUGUGCUCUAACAUAUCCUCAGGAGGUUUGAAGACCUCUGACAGAACUGUUCUUUGUUUAAAGUUAGGACUUGAAGAGUAAAUUUUUUUUAUAUAUAUAUAUCUCCUAAUCUGGCUAAAAGAUGAGCAUAUUGUGUAUAUUUUUCUUAUGACCUCUGCCCUGCUGGCACAGAUGCAUUAAUUUUACUGUAAAUAGCAGCCAUGGUAUCACUGUACUGCAGGGAGCUGCUUCAUGUCUGUGCUGCUGCCCAAGGAAGGGUGGGGGAGACCUCCUUGUCUGUGUGCAGAUGUGCAGAUGUGAUGCAGCAUCCAGAUGUUCAGGUUGCACAAUUUUGUUCCUCUGACUUAGCACACAAAAGAAACCCUUCAGAAUGAGGAAGGUUAGGCCAAUUCCAAACGUGCCUGAGACUCCCUCACCGAUUACACUCUCCCACUCAGCCUCUGGGGCUUUACCUUCAGCUCCCAGAGAGGCACAAUUUGGUUUGGUUCCUGCAAGAAGCUCCUUCCAGCCUUACACUGAAGUUCCUGUCUCAGAUCAGUCCUUCCCUGCAAAAUGCACUGACCUGUGUAAGGGAUGUUUUCAUUAAAUAUACUACACAAAGUGAUUUUUUAGAGCAUACAUACCAAAAACCCCAGCUGGUUGGAGAAGCAAGAGUUUAUGGGCAAAGGUCAUUCCACAGAACACCAAUGCAGUCACUGAUCUCUCUGUAUUUAUUAAAAGCUUGCAGUCAUGUUGCUUUACCAAGAUAUAUAUGUUGAAGAUGGUUGCUGAAGAAACUGGAUUUGUUUUAAUUUAUUUAGUGAGGUACCAGGCUUUUAGGUGCUGAAAUGGAGAGCAAAUUCGUUAUGUGCAAUAGGGAACUGCUGGUUAAAAGAUGUGACAAACUGUUCCUGAACAUCAACAAAGAGAGGUUUAACUACUGCUUGUUCUCUGAGGAACACUGGUAACUCUUGAUUCUUGUGGACAUUUGGAAGAGAAUUAAACAUAUAUAUUUACUUUUUGACUAAACACUUGUUCUGCAUAGAAAUGUUGGAUGAUGUAGGAAUUUAAUUAAAGUUGGUUUUACUUUGUUGAGAGUUUUA